CCCCAAAUAGACCAUUUGGUAGGGAGAGAAACCGAGAGGAGAGAGAAAAGGGAAUUUAGUUUCAAUGGCAUCAAGGGUUUCUUUGAAAGCAAAGGGGAAGAGUUCCAAGGGAUCGAAGGCACAAGAAGACCGAUCCUUGAGCGAGUCUCUGAAGGAGUGGACGACAUGGACGAUGCGAAAAGCUAAGGUCAUCACUCACUACGGGUUCAUUCCUUUGGUCAUCAUCAUCGGUAUGAACUCUGACCCCAAGCCUGCACUUUCGCAGCUUUUCAGCCCCGUCUGAUCCACAUCCACCUCUUCGAUUCUCCAUCAUCAAUGCGACGACGUUUCGUUCUUCUUUUUUUUUUUUCUUUACCCUUUUUCACAUCUAUAACUUCAUUGAAUCAGUUUUCAGAAUGGAGUAGUUUGUUUUGUUCGAAACAAUUAUCGAAGACGCGGUAGUAAAUAAUGGAUCUUUUAUUAUAAUUACAAUAUUCAAAUAUUGUCCCUGCUUUUUA